AUGCCGGAAAGAUGGUCUCAACGUUUUUGCUGUCACGAAUCUUCUCAAACAACCAUUAACACUGAGGCUCGGGAUGUGUUGAAGGAUCUUUUCCCUAAUAUACCAGACAACGAUCUGAACCAAAUCAUCAAGACUGCGUUUCAAAAAGGUCAACGCAAAGUGGGCACGGCAGUUGAGUUACCCCUCGCUCGCCGAGCACAACUAGCAGUCGUGGCCCAUAUUCGGCAUGUGUAUACUGAUUACGAUCGUCUUCUCAAAACCACAUCAUUCCACGAGGCUAGAAGUAUUGUUGAAGAACCUACCUUAGCCAAAUUGGUGGAGUGGAGAGGUGAUGAUGAAAACGGAAAAACAGUCCUUGAGGAUGUCUUCCGUGAAGUCAUUGUUAUUUCUGAUGAUGAAGAUAGUGAUACUGAAGGAGACAUGCCUCAGGCUGUGGAUCGGGACUACAGUGUGAAGAUCGUUUCGAGCCAUCCACGUGCAGAUGACCUUCAAAUGAAGCCAGUCAACUACUCAAACUCCACCCAUCGAGAACAUCAUCUGGAAACCUCGGAUGAAGAAGCCCCGCCGGGUUUUCAUUUUAUUCCAAUAGCUCCUAAAAAGCCCAAAAUUGACCGCCGCGGCUUCAGCAGAUACCAAGCCUGGGACCGCGCCAUCCACCGAUAUAGGAAUGCAUCCAACGGGACUGACCAACGUAAGCUUUAUGCCAGUUCUCCUAAUCAGGGAAGACCUAUAUAUGCUCCACAGCGGCCCUGGCAGGAUAACUUCGGGGUUAAUAGGGACCCUGCUCUAGUCCAAGGCGUUCUUCAUCGGCAGAUUUCCGCCGCACCGUACGGGAACACGAUUACUGGGCCGCACAUAUUAGCUAUCGACCCUGUGGUAGAACGCCGUCCAUAUGAGGUAUAUCCUAUAUCCCGAUCACCUCGUCAAAGAGAGGCUGUUCUCAAAGUGGUGCAGGCUCCAGAGUCUUUUGGGACCAAGCAUCUACUCCAUCAAGGUGACCCACCAAAUGCCCCUGUCUUCGUUAGUGGCCCUAAGAAGGUCCUUGGGAACAAUGGGAACCAACGUGGAUCUGGCCCUAUUCAAGGCAGACCAAACGUCAACCCACAAGACUGUGUCUUACCUUCUAUUGAACCUCCUAUAUCACCGGAAAACAAUACACUGGGUAAUAGCCCAUUAGAUCACAUUGCCGGAAGGAUGUCAGGGGAGUGCUCUAUUCGCUCAUUAACACCGCGUCGUCUCCCAUACAAGGAUAUCCAACGUCCAUUCCUUGAAGAUAAGGCGCAAGACCAACUACCUAAGAGAAGGCGUGUGGGUUGCUACGAACCUGUCAAUGUUGAUAGGGGCCUUCCUCAGAUCGCUCGUACCAGCAACCCAGCGGAUGCUUUCACAGGAGAACGGUAUAUGGCCUUGGGAUAUCCACCGGGAAAAUCGCCUGUUCAGGGUGAUAUCCAUAUUCGUAAAAGAUAUCUAGCACCGUUUGAUCCUAUUCCUCAAUCAGAGUCCCAAUUAGGCAAAGUCCAGGUGUCCAGUUUAUCUGCUACCCAUCUUGAUCUUAAACCAGGGACCCUGCUCCAGGAAGACUAUGAACCUGCAGGACACCAAUCGCUGCCCCACCAUUACACCAAUGAGAGCACGAGACCAUUUAAUGUAUCAGAGUCUCAUAAGGCUACUAGGGGCCACUUCAAUGAUCACGCUCUUAUGGCGCUUGGAAAUACCCAAUGGCGGAGGCACUAUGCUGACGAUUUCGUUCGUACUAUUGAUUCGCAAGCCCCAAUUCCAAUAGAGUAUCCGGCACAACAUCGCCUUUAUCGAGACCAUGCCCGGGAGCCCCUUACUCAGCAGGCCUAUGUUCAACUCCCACAUCGUCCUUCCUACAACACUACUAUGCCGGGUAAUGUCAGCUCAAAGCAGCCUCCUGUUCGAGAUUCACUGCAUUCACCUGUGACAGCUGCAGCCCAAUGUUAUGCUACGAUGGUUAACUCGGGCAUAAGAUACCAUGAUGCUGGCUUGGUUGAGUCUGGAUACACAGAGCGGCCAUUCCAAGAUUCGCAUAAUUUUCCACGGUAUGGUUUUGAAUACAGUAGUCUAUUUACGCAGUAA